AUGCCGCCAUUAGAGCGAAAGGCAUAUACAGAUGCUGUGCUUUGCCUCCAAGCGAAGACGGGCCUCACACCUCGGUCUCUGAUUCCUGGUGUUAGAAGCAGAUUUGAUGACUUCGUCGCAACUCAUCAGAACCAAACCGGAUUCAUCCAUUUCUCUGGAACCUUCCUUGGUUGGCACAGAUACUAUGUCUGGAGUUAUGAGCAGGCACUGCGAACCGAAUGUGGUUAUACUGGGUAUCAGCCUUACUGGGACUGGUCUAAAUGGGCUGCUUCUCCACAAACUUCUCCAAUGUUUGAUGGUUCUCCAUACUCCAUGGGUGGAAAUGGUGAAUUCAUCGAUCACACCGGACUUGUAAUCCCGCCUCCAGUCGCUGGCGUGAACCCAACCAUAUAUCUUGAACCUGGCUUUGGCGGAGGCUGCGUCCAGAGUGGACCAUUUUCGAAUAUGACUGUGAAUCUCGGACCUAUUGGCGCCGCAGGUGGACUUAUCAUUAACGGUACUGAAACCAAUGUUCCUGAAGGACCUGAUGGUGGCUUUGGCUACAAUCCUCGUUGCUUGAAGAGAGAUGUUGGCCCAUUCUGUCUUGAAAAGUAUAACAACUAUACCAGAAUUUAUGAUCUUAUGACUUUACGAAAAACCAUUGCAGAAUUCCAGGACGAUCUUGAAGGACCAGUAGGCACAGGUGAUCUUGGUCCACAUGGUGGUGGACAUUUCACCAUCGGAGGUGAUCCCGGUGGAGAUCUGUUUACUUCUCCAGGAGAUCCAGCAUUCUACUUGCACCAUGCUCAGGUUGAUCGACUUUGGACCUUGUGGCAAGCUCAGGAUCCCAGCACUCGCCAAUACGCGCUUUCUGGCACUAAUACUAUGCUCAACCAGCCCCCAUCUGCCAACACUACAUUGACAGAUUAUAUCAAUCUUGGAUAUGCAGCUGGUUCACCUCUUCAGAUGCAAGACGUAAUGAGCACGGUGGCAGGACCGUUCUGCUACGUUUAUAUCUGA